AUGAACUACCGACUGUUUGCAGUGUUUCUCGUCGCUGGUCUCGAACGCGGACUAGCUGCCGUUGGAGAUCGUUACGCGUUCGAGCGAGUUCUUCCCGAGCCAAGAGUUUGCAUCCAGGAUGGGUGUCUUCAGGGCAAGUACUUCAACGGUCUCGAUGGAGGCCGGUACGAGGGAUAUCUUGGAGUUCCUUUCGCGAAGCCACCGGUUGGGAAGUUGCGAUUCAAGAAUCCGGUUCGGAACGAUCCCUGGGUUGGAGACUACGACGCCACGUGGCAGCGAAGUCGCUGUCUGCAGAAGAACGACAUACGACCCCUUCAAACCGUGCAGGGCAGUGAAGAUUGUCUGUACUUGAACGUGUUCCGACCGAAGAACGUCACCGGACCCCUUCCGGUGAUCUUCUUCAUCCACGGUGGAGCAUUCGCUGCCGGUUCCAGCUCGAUGGGCGAGUUUGGACCUGAGCGGUUCAUGGACACCGGGAAGGUCAUCCUGGUGAUUGCACAGUAUCGAUUGGGCGUUUUUGGAUUCCUGUCAACCGAGGAUCGCGCUUCUCCGGGGAACUACGGCUUGAAGGAUCAGUUGUUUGCGUUGAGGUGGACUCAGCGGAACAUCGCGUACUUUGGCGGUGAUCCGAAUCUUGUAACGAUCGUGGGUCAAAGCGCUGGCAGCAGUUCGGUGCAGUACCACAUGGUAUCGCCGCAGAGCAAGGGAUUGUUCGCGCGAGCUGUCAGUAUGAGUGGUAGUGCGCUUGGGUCACGGUAUUACUCCGUAGAUCAGCUAGCACUAGCUCGACGGCAAGCGGAGGCAGUUGGAAUCUCCAACGCAUCGAGCUUGUCAACGGAGCGGCUGGUUGAUGCUCUGAGGGAGGUUGAUGGACUGGAGUUGGCUAGGAGUAUUGACAAGCUGAAGUACUUUUACGUUCACCCGAUUCUUCAGUGGCAUCCGACUAUUGAGCGUUACGUAGACGAAGAAACGUUCAUCAGCGAAGAUCCGAGGGAGGUCUGGCGUUCGGGGAGGUAUCACCAGGUUCCGUAUACGAUGGGAUUCCUACCGAACGAUGGAGCGUAUACUUCGGCGAUUCUACUGAGCAACAGCAGUUUAUUGAACGAACUGAACGAGAACUCCGCGGAUUACAUUCCUCGACUUGUUGCGGUCAAUCAUCCCACAAGUGUUCAAAUGCUGAAGGAUCGAUUCUUCCCGGAUGGAUCCAACGAUCGCUGGUUAACGGAGAAGAAUGUCGGCAAUCUGGAGACGAUGCUCUCCGAGGGACAAAUCAUCCACGGUGUGGUCCUCGGCGCAAAGCAGAUCCUCGCGGUGAACAAUCGAACCGCACCGCUGAGUGUGUAUUACUUCAACUUUAGGGGACCGUACUCGCAGUCGUACUACAACAGCUAUACGCAGGGUGAUUUCGGAGUCAGUCACGCCGACGAGCUGCUGUACCUGUUUCGGGCGUCCGAGUUGUUUCCCGACUUCAAGGUGGGAUCACCGGCGUGGUAUACGGCGAAGCUGUUUGUGGAGUAUCUCGUCUACAUUGCUUACAAUGGAGUUGCUGGCCUUCCCUGUACUGCUGAUAGCUGUCCGUUGCUUGAGUUUACAAACUCAGAAGACGUGAGCAGGCCGGUUAAGUUGAACCUAAUCGAUGGGUUUGAUGAGGAGAAGUUUGCUUUUUGGAGCAAUUUGUACGCAGUACAGAAUUCUGUUAGCACUUGA